UAGUAAUAUCGCCGCAAUCAAAAGUUGCAUGAGAUAUCGUCAGUCUUGACAUGGUCGUUCGGUAGCCCGGCGCGUGCCGGUCUAUAUAAGAUAUGCGGUGGUACACUACUUUCUUGUUCACCAUCACCAGCUACACUCUCUUCACUUGGCCUGUCUUCUUCGUACCUUGUUUUCAUCAUGAAGUUUGUUACUCCUUUCUUGGCUUUGGCUACUGCCGUUCACGCACACUACAACUUCCCAUCAAUGAUCUCAGGCACAACCACAACCCCAGCUUGGCAGUUUGUUCGACAAUGGACUGGAUAUUACACCUUUGAUCCAGUACAGAAUGUUGCUUCUGAGGACAUUAGAUGUAAUGUCAAUGGCUCGACUGCGUUUGCACCAAACACCCUCUCUCUAGCUGCUGGCUCCACCGUGGGAUUCUCAGCAAACCCAGAUAUCUACCACCCAGGUCCAUUACUGGUGUACAUGGCCAAAGUACCAGCUGGCAAGACUGCCGCAAACUUCGAUGGAAGUGGAGCCGUCUGGUUUAAAAUCUACGAAGAGGGCCCGACCUUCGGUGGCCAAGCCCUGACAUGGCCAACAGAUAGUGCAACAUCUGUAUCCUUCAAGAUUCCCGCAGCAACGCCCAGCGGCGAUUACCUCCUCCGCGUUGAACACAUCGGACUGCACGUCGCUCAGAGCUCAGGUGGAGCACAGUUCUACCUCUCUUGUGGUCAGAUCACAGUCACUGGUGGCGGUUCAGGAACUCCUGGUCCACUGGUCUCAUUUCCGGGAGCAUACAAGGCGACAGAUCCUGGAAUUUUGAUUAAUGUUUAUUACCCUGUGCCAACUAGCUAUACCCCUCCCGGACCCGCUGUUUGGACCGGGUAACCAAAUUU